AUGUUUGGCUUUGAAGGAAAUUUCCUUGAAGAGAUUGCAUUGAAGGGUAACCCUCGUUCGUUGGCUUUUACCGAGUCAGGUGACCUCCUUGUCUGUGCUUUACUGGAGGUGUUGAGCAGGAGAAUUUUCCUCUUUACUGAAAAUGGUCAGUUUAUCAGUUACAUCGGCGGUGAACACAUAAAGAGACCGUACUACGUAUCUGUUUCCAGUGAUGGUCGCAUUAUCACAAGUGACUCUGAUGACAAGAGAAUCAAAGUUCUUACGGCUGAUGGGAAAAACUUAUUUCAGUCGUUUAAAGCCCCAGGUUGUGAUGAAACCCCGGACUGUGUCGUUUAUCACCAGGACAAAUUCUUUGCUUCCUUUUAUUCUGCUUGUCGUGUCACGGUAUUUAACAACGCAGGGGAGUAUCUACAUGACAUUGGAAGCGAGGGAUCUGGUGACGGGCAGUUCUCGAAUACCUCUGGUCUCGCUAUUGACAAGUUUAACCGUUUGAUCGUUUGCGAUACGGGAAACAGAAGACUUCAACUUUUCUCUCUUGAUGGAAAGUAUAUCACUCAGAUAGCUAGGAGGUUUUUUGAGGGUGGCUACCCUCGCUAUGCUGUCAUCUCCAAUACUGGACAUUUGUUUGUUGCUGAUUCACGGCGACACUGUGUGCUGGUUUUCCAUUAGCACUGUAAGCGAGCAAGUGUGUUUAUGGAAGUGACACGGUAUUUUUUAUAUUUAUGAACCAUUUCAGAUCAUUUUGAAACAGUACCUUUUGACAUGCUGGCAAAUAAUAACUACCAUACAUUGUCUCGCUUUUGUUGUUUGAAAGACACGCUUCUUACGGACCUUACGAGAAACGACUGUUUAGAAAGAAAGGCAAGAUCAAAUAGCCAUUACCUUGCGAGCAGAGGUUUCUCUCUUGCAUGGCUUAAAGCGUUUACGAAGUCGUUCCCAUCGUGUGUCAGUCAAGUACAGUCAACUCUCGCCUCGCGGACGCCCCGCCGCAGAUAAUACUGACAGCAGCUAAAUCCCAGGCAAAAGCAAAUUGCAGACGUUUGACUUAAAUAAACUCUAGCUAAAUGAGGGCACCAACUCGAGGUCCUCACAGUGUCCGCAAUAAUGGGAGUUGACUGUAGUUGUUUUUGUUGUUGUUUUUGUUUUUCAUUAAACGCCCCAGGAGUAUAAAACAAACCAACAACGCGACUAACAAGAGAUGCGAACGACUCCAUAAAGUAAUGCUAAACCCCGUGCAAGAGGCAAACUUUAACUUGCAAGGGAAAUACCCAUUCACGGGUACAACGUUUGGUUAUUGCAAGGUGGCAAUGAUAUUUUUUCUUAUUUUUAUAAACACGUAAAAUUGUUGUAUUUUAUUAACGGGGAACUCAUUAAUUCAGUAUUUAGAAGUUUAGAUUCUAGCUUUCUGUGAAUUUAUAUAUUACCGUUUUUUUGUUACUGAGAUAUGGCACUUUGUACUCUUGCCAAAAAAAACUAAGUGUUUGUUUUAGCGAGGUAUCCAUCUAAUUUAGAUGCAAGGUUAAGAGAGAGAUUGUUCAUUGCCCAAUAUACAUCCGGCAAUAGCUUGAUUCUAGAAAUUAUUUAUAUUAGUUUGGUGUACCAUUAUUCUAAAAAAAGGUAAUUGUUUUUCAUGUAUUGCGUGUUUGCUUAAAAUGUGGAAGAACAUGGAGCGAGCAGGUUAUUACCUUAAUGAGGUAGGAAUUUGCCUACUUCCCCAGGGGCCCGGUUGCAUAAAACCUGCACUUACUCACUUACGAAUCCGUCAUGGGUACACUUACGGGUGUUCCAUGGAAUGCACUUAAUAGAACUUCCGUAAGUUCCUGUUUUACGAGGUAACGCACACUUAAGAGCACAUGUAACUUUGUUAUAGUACUUUGAAUAACUGUAUUUUUUUUCAGUUAACCAUCGGUGAGUGUAAAGUAAGCGUUUAGUCGUUUCGAACAAUUUGAAGGCUCUCAUUGAAAUCAUGUUUGCAUGCCAUCAUUGUUUAACUUCAAUAUCCACUCGAAAUCACGGUUUGUUGUUCUUGUAUGCAGUGUACAGCAGAGGUUAAGAAAAUGAACGGAUUAGAACAGAAUUACGUAAAAAAAAUUUUUUUUUUACUUGUCAGUAAAAGAUCUCGUUAACCGUUGGAAAAAACAGUUUACGGUACGGGACCUACAUAGGUCAAGUAAAUUUACGUGUCAUUUUUACACCCGCAAUUUCUGUUGCAUAAACCACACGUAAGCGACCAUUUAGGAAAAUCGUAAGUGGAGUCUCUUAAGUAAAUUCACGUAAGUUAUGAGUACACGUACGAUACCUUGACUCCUUUGACAGAUAUUGGGCAUAGAUUUUAAUAAGCUCGAUUUUCGUCGCGGAGCGCGGGCUCAUUUUCCGGCUGGUAAUGAAGCCUAAGAUUUUUACCACGUGCAUGCGGGUAUGAAAUAGAAGCUCGGUAAGGGUUUUUGCUUUCUGUGGUAACUUCACGAACUCCGGCGUGUCGCAGAGGACUCUUAUAAUUAGAGACAGUUCUAACUUUGUGUUGUAUUCUACGUGAACUGUUAUUGAUACAUCGUUGUCAGCUAGCUGUAAACAUCUGAAGAUUUCUCGAUGUCUUUUAGAUGGAACUGUAGGACCGAACCAAGGUUUUCGGUGACAACAACCUUAAUUACAGUGAAGCUGUAUUGCGUAAACUCAAUACCCUGUGAGGCAGGCGCAAAAAGCCUCGGGAGGGGAAGAGGAAGAGAAACGCGAAAGGAAAACGGGAUGCUCUUCCCCAAUCCCCUUCUCCUUCUCCAAUUUGUCCCUAUUCCCUCUCCUUUCAACGCUAGCUACGCAGGCCUAAACCCAACAAGUCCAUUAUAUAGCUGGACGCCUUAUCUAUUAGCAGGUAGGGAUUCCAUUGUGUUUCACACUGUUAUUUAUCGAUCUGGAAUAAAAUAAACCUGUAAUAGUGGACAUAUCUAUUCAGCGGAUACUAGCGACAAAAUCAUGUUUUUCUUUUGCAAAUUCAGUCGCUGGUGAUGACGAUUUUGGCUCGAGUCACAAAUUAUAACUCAUCUUUUUUGCAACUUAUUGUAACUAACCCUUAUUUAUUUAUCUAUUUAUUUAUUUGUGUCGUGUGCAGAACGCGCUGGGAGCAGUAACAAAAUCAGCAGGUUAGUGAUAGAAUAAUAUACUAUUAAACAAAAUACACGAUAAAUGUUCCCGUCCAUGUGAUCUUAUAUUGGGUCCAUACAUUUUGAUUAAACGUGUCUUCUUCAUAAAGCAGAAGACAGGUAUGAAGACAUCUUUAACUAAUUUUUACAUUGUUUCCGUCUUACAGUAAAAGAGGCAAGACUAAAGGAAACCAAGCACGUCAGAAAUGUUAAAUUCAGAGAAACUCAAGGUACACUAAUCUCAUUUAACUUUUGUUAGGAAAAACAGCAAUUGUUAGAUUAUUUAACUAAUAUUUAACCGAAGAGUAUUCCUCUAUUUUGAAUCAACUAGAAUAUAAAGAGCUAACAAUUUGAGAAUGUUUUUUAAAUUGAGCACUUGCGAUGAACCCCAUUAAACCUGUAUUAUUGGUAAGGGGUUUCAUGGAAGAGGCAAAACAGAAGUUUUCAGCUGCGGAAUACUUACGAAUAAAAUACCUUCAGCGCAUGGGCGAGAAGUAAUUUUUUAUUUAACCAUUUUGAAAGAAAGACGUACUUUCAUUAGCUUGAUCUGAGUUGUACUGCUAUUUGGGGGCUAAUGCAUGAGCCAGGUAGUCUUGCUUUGCUGAGGUGAAUUUUGUUAUUACACCAUCUCGAUACUGGCCUGUGUAUCAGGCGUUUAUGGGAGGCGAAAAGGAGAAGAGAAGCGAAAAAAAAUCAGCCUUUAAGGGUCCUUUUCUCUGGCCAAACAGGUUAUUGUAUUUGACAAUUGCACUUCCGUGCACGUAAUAAAUGUCUUAGAUGCAAUCGUAAAUCCAAGAGACUUCAGAAUAACACUUUGUUCCUAUGAGUCUUGCUCAGUAGCAUAAACAGUCAAACGCAGGGGAAUACUCAGUCAUAAUCUGUCGGUGAGUCCUAUCUUUUGUUAUUUUCUUUAUCUAGGUAUACUUUGAAGAUAAUUCAAGAGACUUACAAGUGCUGAGACAUGACAAGGAUCUACAUCCCACUAGAAUACAACUUCACUCGAAAAAUGUCCCUGAAUACCUCGGUGAGUUAUUUAGCUGGAGCUAAUGCAUACCGUUUAAAUAAAAAUCAUUCUCAAACCCUAUUAAGAGCGCCUGUCUGUAAAAAUCAGACAAAUUCAAAAUUUCGCGGCAAGGGUGGAAAAUUCGAUUUCUUUCAUAUUUUAAUGUUACAUAGGCUAGGGUAUUACUAAAAUCACUGUAUAGUUCUUUCGGUGAAAUAUCCUUUUAUUUCAGAGAUAAAUGCAAAUAAGCAAAAUCCGUUAAAAUCGUCAUUUGAGGCGCUCAAUUAUUACAUGGGUUUGAAAGCCUUGCGUGCAAAAACCGAUUACUCUACCGUCUUUAAAACAUCACAGCCUUCUUUUACAACUUCUAAAUAUCUGUUAAAAUGAUUUGGGGAGAUAGUGCUCUGUUCUUUGUAUACAAUAUAAUUUAAUUUCGAAGGCAUACAAUUUACUUCAGUAAAAGUAAUGCGUGAAAAAACGUAAUUUUCACCAUGUGCGAAACCUUCAAAUUGAUUGAGCUGCUGGUGGUUGAAUGUUAGAAGGAUGGUCUACAGGUUCCUGUAAAAAUGUCUUUGGGCAAAUGAUUAAUAGCGACGCGAGAGCUUUACAAAAUCUGUUAAAAAUGCAGAUAUUUGACCUUCCGUGGCCGAACUUUGAAGUUGCGAGUCGGACAAAAUUUCGUCCCGUCACUUGUCUAAACUCGCAGUAGAUUAUAAUAAACGGAUAGGAAACCCUUUUGAUAUGUUCUUACCUUAAAAUCUGCUGUAAAAGACGAGUCAAAAGGCCAUUUUAGCCCGAUUAUUGAGUCGUUUGAUCUUUGUCUUGUAACGUGUAAUUGUACACCGCGCAACUGUCAACGUAUUCACAAGACAAAUACAAUUAUUUGAUCAACUUUCGGGGCUUUUCAUUACGACUUCAUCUUUUCGACGGCUCAAUCAUUUGUUAAACAUUGCUUAGAAUGUAGUAUCUGAAAAUAUUACCGCGCAGAUACUACAUCUGACUGCUACAACAGAAUGACACAGAAAUGCCGGUGCUCACAUCUUGAAUUGCAGGCAGCCGUUUGUAAGUCACGCAAUCCAAUUUAGCGGGGUGGAGAAGGGUGAAGUAGCAAACAGCCACAACGAGAACAACAGCAAUAAUUAAGGCUGAUCACUAUACUGGAUAACUUUUCGUGCAGACACAAAAAGCUAUCCGGUAAAGUAUGAACACCUAUCCGGUAUGUGACUCUCCUGUUUAGAGAUCGGCGCGUCGCAGCUUUGCGUUUCCCCCGGGGGGAGGGGGGGAGGUACUGCCUUAUAAGAGGCUAAUGGGGAUGUGCCGCAGGAUGGGGUUGCAUUUUUACGACUGGAUUGACCAUAAUGGGGUCGCAUUUUCAAUAGAGUUACUAGAAUGGGGUCACACAUUUUCGGAUUUUUGGGGGUAAGACUGUUCGUCAUAUUUACGGUUAGCAAACGUACCAGAAUGUUUUUACUGCAGACGGAAAGUAAAGUGGUCUCAUUCAAUCUAAAAAAAUGGGUCAAUUCAUGAAAAUAGAAAGUGAAAGUGAAAGUUGGGAUGGCGAAAAUUACAUAUUUGCUCAAAAGUGACUAAGAUGGGGUCUAUAAUUGGCCACAAUGGGGUAGGGGCUCUGAGAGGCCAGCGGCACAUACCCAGCAAAAAUUGACCCAAGUAACCCCCCGGGGCUUUUUCGGACCGAAAUCACCCUUCUUUGCGUGAACAGAAGCCCUAUCGGGUAUGCUUUCUUUUUGUGCCUGCACAAAAGCUCUCCGGUAUAGGAGUGAUUGAAGACAAUCUAUAGCUUAAGAUAGUGAUACCCUUAGACACGGUCUUUCCCUGUUAAGAUCCAAAUACUGGUCAUUUUGUUUAUUCACAAUUUUGGUCGUCAGCUCGCAGACUGGGUGACUUUAUUAAACGGUAUCAGGACCGUUAUCAGCGCCAUAACCUGCCGAUAGAAGCCGUACUUGGAGUUGUUAAAGAAUUUAGUACAAGUCUGCAGCUGCAAUUCUGUAGAACAAACUCUAACAUAAGCAUGCAUGCAGUCACAGUCUAGGGACCUCUGACAUUAAGGUCAUUUCCCAACCCUUCUCUUAGAAUCAUAGUAGUGGUGAUGUUACGAGACAGCUCUUUAAAACUUCGUUAUAUUUUGCAAGCUAUGUAACUACCGUAUUUCCUCGAACAAGCGCCCCAGCUCGGCUAAAAGGAGAGGUGUUUAUACUGGAAGAAGGGCGCUUAAUAAGGGAGGCACUUGUUAACUUUUCCUUUCAACAAACGGUAUUUCUAUUUUGUAUAAAUGCAUCUUAACGCGUUUGGUGGCCUGUCCUGUGCGUUCAUUUUAACUCUUUUUGAUUUAACCUAUUACGUAUCUGUGUACCGUAUUUCCUCGGUAAGGGCCCAUGCUCUAAUAAGCGCCUGUCCCCGAAUAAGCGCUCACCCCGUUGGUCAUAAUAUCAAACAAGCGCCCCUAUCGAAUAAGCGCCCUCCCUCUACUCCUCAUAACUUUUUUAAAUAGUAGGAAUACAAGAGGAAUGGGACGGUCUGCUUAUUGAUGACGAGGAUAAUCUCGAAGAUAAAGAGCAAAGUGAUAGCACGUAAAUAGCGCGCGCACCGUGAAAGAUCGUGACGUCAUUACUACAAACUCUCUUGCAAACACAACUCUAGGCUGAUUUAGCAACAGAAAGGGAGCGUCAGUUGACGACGGCGCGCGCAAAUCAAACAACAGAGCGGCACAUUGGCAACGAAAGUCGCGUUUAGUCCUUUCCGCGCGCUUUCCCGUCGUCAACUGACGUUCGCGUUCUGUUGCUAAAUCAGCCCAUCCAAAAGUCGGGUUUGCAUGAGCUGUGACGUCACCAUCUUUUGCAGUGCGCGCGCUAUUCACGCAAUCCCCGGCGGGGGGGGGGGGGGGGGGGGUACUUCUAGAAAAACUGGGCGGGGUUGUGCGGCACGCCUCCUGAAACCUUUACCCUAUUUCAGACCAAAAUCUGAGAUUUUUCCUACCCUAUUUCAGACCUGAUCCUUAAAUCAAUACCCUAUUUCAGACCUGCCUUAUAAUCAGUUCCCUAGGUCAGACCAAUGUUAAAGGCAAUGUUGAUACGCUUUGAUUAAGUAGGAUACAAAACUGUACUGUUACGGAACUUACCCGGUUGGCCUAAAACCCAAAGGGAAAUGGUCUUAUCGCCUAAUUAUGAAGAAGUAGCUUCUUCUAAAAAAACAUACCCAGACCAAACUGGUCGAAAUUGAUACCCUUUUUUAGACCAAAAAAGAUAAAAAAACAUACUCUUUGGCGACGCACACACCUAUAUAGCAGAUAUAAGGGAUUACCCCCCCCACCCUCCCGGGCCACAAUCACUAUACAUUUGUGUAAAGUGUUUAAUGGGACUUCGGUACUCUUGUUUAUAACAACCACUGUUUUAACGAAUAAAAGGCACAUGUCUCGAAGAAUCUGUACAGAAAACUUUCAUAACCUUUUUAUACAAAACAAGAACUGAUUACGCUCACAAAAAUUCGUGUACAACAGGUCGCAACUAGCAGCAUAUCCCUUUUGAUUACCGCCUGCAACAAUGAUUCUUGCUUCUUUUUCAUUUUUGAAACCCUGUUCGCAAAUGAGACACGCGAGUUGUUAGUGUAACCAAUAACGUUAAUUUAUAACGUUCGCGAAAUAAGAUGACCCAACGAAGGAUACCUGUCAAAAUAAAAGGAACAGAGGAUUUUGUCGCCUGACAAAAAGCUCUAGGCAUCUUUCAAGUUUUGGUAAUUACAAAAUUUUCCAAUUUUUUGCAAAGGCCAAACUCUUUUUUUUGUCGCAGUGCGAACAGGUUUAGUUUUUUGUCGAUGUUUAUUAUGAUGUCGUAACUAACAACAGCGCUAGAUUGUAGAGUGCCAGAGUGGUUACAGUAGAAACUAGACUUUAGCAAAUAUGAAGCAAGCAAGAAAGAAGAAAAAGGCCAUUGGCACGAUGACACCAUUUUACUGCUACGACCAGAAUCCUCAGGGUUUCGCUUUCUUGUAUAAAUCAGGACUUUUGAUCUUGCUGGGAUUACUAAAUUUAAAAAAAAUAUAUGAAAGUAAAAUACGAAAAGGAUUCUGGUCGUAGUAGUAAAGUAACGCCAUCGUGCAAAUGCGUAGUAUUCGUUGAUAAAUCGGCUUUAAAAAAACUCUUUAGUCGUGUAUAAAGGGUUUCCAGGUGUACUACAUGUACUUUCAAGCACCACCACUCCUCCCCCGUGAAAAUGCACAUGACAGUAUUGCGUGACGAGCAGCGUCGACAUUAUUGUGCCGUUGUAGCACCGGUCAGAUAUAUACUUUCUUGCAGUGUAAAGCAUUGUUUAACAAACGGCUAAGCCGUCGAAGAAGAUGCAAUCGUGAUAAAAUUCGCCUAAAACUGAUCAAAGAUUGGUAUUCGACCUUUGAAGACGUCGAAAGUUGACGCGGUGUGUCGGGUGUGAGGUGUAAAUUGCAGACGUUACAAACCAGAGGUCAAGCGACGAACGACCGGAAAAUGGUGCUAAAAUCAUCUUUGGACCGGUUCUUUACUGCUCAUAAUAAGGUAAAAACAUUUCGAAACGGCUUUCUAUCUGCUUAUUUUAACUUAAUGUGGGUUUAGACAAGAGAAGGGACUAAAUUUAUGUCCGACUCGCAACUUCAAAGUUGACCACGGAAGGUCAAAUACCUGGAUUUUUAACAGAUUUUGUAAAGCUCUCGCGUCGCUAUUAAUCAUUUGCCCAAAGACAUUUUUACAGGAAUCUGUAGACCAUCCUUCUAACAUUCAACCACCAGCAGCUUAAUCGAUUUGAAGGUUUCGCACAUGGUGAAAAUUACGUUUAUUCACGCAUUACUUUUACUGAAGUAAAUUGUAUGCCUUCGAAAUUAAAUUAUAUUGUAUACAAAGAACAGAGCACUAUCUCCCCAAAUCAUUUUAACAGAUAUUUAGAAGUUGUAAAAGAAGACUGUGAUGUUUUAAAGACGGGAGAGUUAUCGGUUUUUGCACGCGAGGCUUUCAAACCCAUGUAAUAAUUGAGUGCCUCAAAUGACGAUUUUAACGGAUUUUGCUUAUUUGCAUUUAUCUCUGAAAUAAAAGGAUAUUUCACCAAAAAAACCAUACAGUGAUUUUAGUUAUACCCUAGCCUAUCUAACAUUAAAAUAUGAAAGAAAUCGAAUUUUCCACCCUUGCCGCGAUAUGUUUGAUUUUUACGGACAGGCGCUCUUAAAGACAAAACAAAACAUAUCUUUUGUUAAUCCUAACUUCAUUUCUUUUCGAUCAGUUCCAGCGACUCUUAAACCAUCCAUGGCAAAGUUGUCAGGAAAGAGAAGACGCCCACACGUUAUCUCCUCAGAAAAAAACUCCGCUCACAAUACAUUUGGCAAGGUUAAUAACGAAUAAGUAAAACAUAUGUUAGUAUAUAAAUAUAGUUUAAAUACUUUGCAAACAGGGAUUCUGUAUGCUCAAGUAACUCAACAAUAGGGUAAUUGACUAUUUCACCUAGACCCGAUAAUGCACCUUGUUUAUCCCCCAAAAUGUUGCAUAACCAUUGUCUUGGAUUUCUCUUGGGAUGUCUGUAAUACCCAGGAGAAAUUGGAAACAUUCGUUCUGUAAAAUGUUGUUGGAUAAACAAGGUGCAUUAUGUUAUCUUAUCUUGUUGACCGUCCUCAAGGCAUAUAGUGUUGGACAAUUUCUUCUCAGCCUCUUCGAUUAUCUUGUGGAGUCCCUCAAGGCUCUGGACAGGUGUUAAAUUUCUCUCUAUAUUUCUCCAUUGGAGGAUGUAAUUACGGCUCACGGCUUAAAUUUAAUGACCUUUGCCGAUGAUUUGUAGCUUUACAUUAUUAUGAGACAAAGUAAUCUUGCUACAGCAUUACAGGAUCUUACGCUUUGCAUCCAAGAUAUCAUGUCCUGCUCUCACAGGCUUAAAUGUAACCCAAAGAAGACUGAAAUCAUUCACUGCUCCUCGCUUUUUUCACCGGCCGAACCAGUUCCUUCUAUCAAGGUUGGAGAUUGUUCAAUUUCGCUGAGUAAUGAAGUCAAGGACCUUGGGGGUCACACUUGACCGCCAUCUCACUUUUAAAACUCACAUCAACAACAUUUGUCGCUCCACCUCACCUUCUACUCAUCUCAUCGGAAAAAUUAGGAACCUUCUAUCUAGAUCUACUACGGAACGUCGUAUUCACGCAUUUGUCUCCUCAAAACGGAUUAAUACAACAGCAUUCUUUACGGCCUACCCUCCCACGAGCUAUAGAAUUUACAACGGUUGCAAAAUACAGCCGCAAGGCUAACUGUUAGAGCAAAAAAGUCGGCUCACAUUACUCCAAUCUUAAAGAGUUUGCACUAACUCCAAAUUAAAAUAAAGAAUUAAUUUUAAGAUUCUGUUGGUCACGUACAAAAUCCUCCAUGGCUUUGCUCUUGUUUAAAUGAGCUCCUAUUUAACUACACUCCUCACUGUUUAAUACGGUCGAGCAGCUUAAACUGCUGUCUAUUCCAAAGAUUAGAACGGUUACCGAUGGCGACAGAUCAUUCUCUUUAGAGAUCAUCAAGCCCUCGUAUAUGAAAAUAAAAACCGGAAGGGUUUUAUUGACCACAAGCGUGAUGUCAAAUUGUCCAAAACAUAAAGGUAAAAACCUGAAAAACCUCAUUGGGCGGGCUACUUUAGAUUCACUCUGGAGACAAAUAUGCGCCUGUUUUAGUUACUUGAAACUGUCAGAUGAGUCUUUCGCAUUAAUUCAACUUUGUUGACAUCUAUAUCGGACACCUCUCUUAUAAGGACACCCUUAAUUUGCUGUCCGUAUCACAGAGAUCCAACAGUACUUGGCGUCUUACCCGGGGGGGGGAGGGGGGGCACUUUAAGAAUUUCUGGGCGGGGAUGUGCCGCUGGGAGCCUGGAACCCUUAACCUUUACUAGAGCUAGUUCAGCUGAAUUUUGCUACCCUAUACUAGAGUAAACUCUCCAAAUCCCCCCUAUCCUAGAGUAGCUGUGUACCUAGUCUAGAUAAAAUCUUCAACCAACUGAUCAGUUUCCUGAAAAAUGAUACCCUAUUCUAGAGCCAAACGCUCUGAUUUAUAUACCCUAUCCUAACUAUAUAGCCCCUAACGCCUAGAUUUAUAGUCCCUUGCCGUGUAUAAACGUCUUAGAAACCAAGCCCCUUACAGCCGCACAUAUCCUUAUAGCCCAUUUAUGGCAGCUCCCCCCCCCCCCCCCCCCCCGGGGCGUCUUACAAUUCAAGUAUCCUCUUUUAAUUGAUUACUUGUAAUAAUAAAAACUUCUUGAUCUUUUUUUUGAAAUUGUUUUGCCUCAGAAACGAAAGUUGGAUCCAUUGAACAGCUUCAAGUAGCACUGACAAACAUCAGCACAAGGGAAAUAAGGUGAGAACAUUCUUUGGCCUUUUUGCGCGCCCACAAUCACUUCAGCUUUCUUUAUUUUUAACCCAGGUUACAAUUUACCAUUCAGAUUUUUUUUAUCACAUCACUCGGAAUGCUUGUUUCAUUGCUUUUCCUUGCAUGCUGAUGCAAAUUCACUGGACUUCACAGAGAAAUUAUAGCGCUAAAUUUAUAACGCUAAUCAGUCUCUCGGGAACCGUUACCUGAUCUGCAGAGCGGGGUGUCGCUAGUGUCAUUCGCAGCCGCUGUUAAGGUCGUCAUGCAACGCUCCUACCCACUAACAUAAUAGUGGGGAGAGGCGUUGCGUGACGACCAUAAUAACGGUUGCGAAGGAGACUAGGAUGUCAUGAUUAUAUAACUUAUGGAGAAGAUAUUUCUGUUUCUUGCAAACAGCCGGACCUUUGCUUUGUUCGGUUACCUGAGAUCAGGUUCUAUGUUCAUUUCUUCGUUUGGUAAAUAACAUUUCGGCGAGAAAGGAGAACACAUAAGAAAAAAAGUAUGAGAGCCGGGUCUGAUCUCUGUUGUUUGGCUCGGAUAACCACUCGUUACAAAACGGUAUCUUCAGUUUGGGGUAAAAAAUACUUUCUUUUAGUAGUAUUCAACUACAUUGACAAUAACAGACAACCGUUUUUGAUUUUCUAUUUCUCAUGAUUUGGCUCGUUGGGGCGAGGGGGAGGGGGGGGGGGUAUGGCCUGUACGGGGUACCUUCUCCAGGCUUCAGGUAUGGUAGGGACUUCAUUAGUUGACGUUUAUGAAAGGUUAAAAAUAUCUGUCGUUUAGAUCUGUAAAAGGAAGAAAAAGGGCUAACAGGCGCAGACAGAUUUGAAGUGAUUUAUUUGUUUAGAAAAUACGGUGCAUUUACAGCAGUUGAAAGGGACGUAAGUUGUAAACUAGCUAUGUGGAAAAGGGUAUCAUUUGUCAGUAGAACGUAAACGAAAAGGGAACCUUUUCUGUCAGAAUGGUAUAUAAAAAGGAAAGGGGUUGGUCUUCGGGGUGGAGUCUCCCCGUGGAGUCUCCCUAGGUACCCCCAGGGGCUUGUGUUACUUUGAUAUGUUGUGUGUUAAUCCGUGUGUUAAUCCGAAAUAAUCCGAAAUUAGAAAAAACUGCAUUAAUUCAUCAAGACAUUUCUUGUAUUAACCCAGGGACAUAGUAAAGGAAAGAAGACUUAAUCAGUGGUUGGUAUACGUCUCUUUUCUGUAUGGGAACAGAACAUCGAUGGUCUGGUAGCCAAUCAUAACACAGAUGAAAGGAAGGAGCACGUGACGAAGCCCUAAGAACGUCUGCGUGGGGGGCUAUGGUUUGGUGACCAUCAAACGAGUCUCGUCCCACAUGUUUUCGUCCUACAUGUCUUGCCACUAAAUGACCAAAUGAAGUCAUUCGGAUUAAUGUCAGCUACUUCCCACUCUCUGCAGGCGAAAGACCUCAAAUAAUGGUGUGAAAUCAGUUAGUGCUACGGAAACUACUAAUGGAAAAAAGUGAUUUGUUAAACGUUAAUCAAAUGUAGUAGUGCUAGUGAGACCUUGUACUCAAGAAAAAUACGCGUAGAAAUCUGCUGUCGACGCAACCAGAAUCAGGCUACCGUUGAAGAUUUAUUCCUUGUUAUCGUUUAAAGAUUAAUGGAUGAGAAGAACAGUUUAACUGGACAUUGUAUAAUCGUAUGACGUUCUCAAACUGCAGAAUUAUAGAAGUAGUUUUCUGUUUUAGUCCUGCCGGCCAUUAAGAAAAAACAACGGCCUAUAGUCGGUAAACCGUGCUACCAGAUAUUUUGAGGUAAAAGUAAAGGGCCUUGUUUCAACGACGCGUGUCCAAUUUUGGAAAAUUAACAAAAUAAAAAUGGCAAGAAAUAUCGCGUUUGUUUACAUUGGCCUUUGCUUUAGACAGAGAGAUCGCUCCCAUAAAUCCUAACUUGUAAGCUGACAGCUGUUGAAGAGUAUUUUGUAACACUGGCCUUUAUUACAUGAAUUUUAAGGAGCGUACCUAUUAAUUAAAUGCAAGAGAGUGCAUGAUUGCGAGUUUAAGUUAGCCUGUGAGCAAGCUCUCCUUUUGGGGGAGUCGCGAGAAGUCACGCGAGAGCCGCACGCGAAAGGAGACGUGAGUGCGAGGGGUGGAGAAAGAAACGAAUUCUCCUUUUCCUGCUCCCCUCUCGCUCGCGCCUUCUCUUGCAACUCUCUUCGCUCGCCACUCGAAAUGGAGAGUUAAGGUUAAGCAAGAAGAUUUAAGCAAGGAAGUUUGAGCAAGAUUCCUAAUUUUUAGGUGUAAAAAUAAGACUAUCAGCUAAAUGCAAGAUACGGAGGUUUGUUUGUAAAUCCUUACAAAUGUAGUUUUUUUAUAAAUCACCAGGAGCCCAUAAAUCACGAAGGCUUUUCUGUUCAGUUCCAGCCGGUAGUUGAGUUGAAAAGCCGGAAUACUAUGCUCAAAUCCUCAAAGGUUUUGGGGGCACUCAAAUGACAACUUCGCCAAUACGAUGACGAUCCAUCUAUCCCAAGCCUUGGUAGACUGUUCACAGUCCCCUAUUUUUUUCGUGAGAUCGUUUGGGCCCCACUCACAUAUUUUAAUGACGGGGGGUCCGAGGAAUUUUUUUGGGUCUGACAUUUUGGCCAAAAGGGAUUUUUUUGGGUCUAUGAAAGACGCCGGAAUUUUUUUGGGUCGCGAGAACAACACAGGGAUUUUUUGGGGUAUUGUAUUUUUCAUCAGCUCAAAUUAACAAUAACAUAAGUGCAAUUUACUGCUUGUGUGGUAUAACGGGAUAUUUCUGAGAUUGUAAUCUAUUUGAAAAGUAAUUACCGGCACUCUACGCGCAUCUAAUCCAGAGAGAAAUAUGCAAUAGGUCACGUAAUUCAAGGCCUUUCAAGCCAGUCAUCAAGACCACAAUGGAAACACUGUAUACAAAGUAAACAUUUUAUGAAUUAGAUGUUUACCAGCUGAUAUAUAUCUAUUAUCAAAUGAUCACGUUGCUAUGUAAAAAUAAAGGCAAACUGAUUUUGUAAACUAAACUCAAACCGGGAGUCAAUGUUGUUGAGUUCCAGCAAGAGUUAAGAGGUCCAGUCAGUUGUGAUCCCAUUUUUGUUGUCUGAAGAAGUUCUCUUGAAAAUAUUAGUAACAUAACAUCAAGCUUGCCAAAGUGGUUUAUGAACCCAUACAAAGAGGUGUCGCUGACUCAGUUAUUUCAGAAGAUAAAUAAUAAAAUUUGCUGAUGCAAAACUGACUGAGGGAUUUUUUUGGGUAUGCUAAAAAAAGUAGGGAUUUUUUUGGGUAGACAAAUUCUGAAGUUGGGAUUUUUUGGGGUAUAAAAUAUGAACCUCUGUCGGACCCCCCCCGUCAUUAAAAUAUGUGAGUGGGGCCCCUGGGACCGUCUUACCGUCAAUGACGGCCAUCUUGAUUUUCAAAUGUAUCGAGGGGGCGGGCGUCGGGGUUUAUCGCUGUAGUUUUGACACUCACGCAAGAUAGGAGCCCGUAACGCAAAGCGCUCGAUCUCGUCGAUCUUACGGAAAAAUAAAGGACUUUUUCUAGAGCUUUGGAUAGAUCACGCACGUGAUUACGCUUCACCUAAGUGUAAAAAAAAAGUACCACGAGAGUCGUUGUCAUAGACAAUAACUGUUGACCAAUGGGCGCUCUAGAAUUUCGACUGUUGCAUAAACAUAGCAAGUCCAAGGUCCAUGACAACUGUUCAUUUCUGAUCAAGUUACGCAUAAUUGGGCCGACCAUGGAUGUGCAACAACUCUUCAGAAAUCUUCAGAAAGAAGCAGAGUGUCCGUUGUGUUUAGAGACAGUUAACAAUCCCAAGACUUUGCCAUGUCUUCACUCAUUCUGCCUCGAGUGUCUCGACAAACAUGCAGGCUUCGCCAGAAGGCAGCUGCAGGCGACGAUCAAAUGUCCGGUUUGUCAGACAUCUUUUCAAAUCCCCGAAGGCGACUCGUUCAAGAAUUUGCCCACAUCUUAUCAUCUCAACCGAUUGGUGGAUGUUCUGGCUCUUAAAGAUAGCGGCACACAGGCCCAAAAAUGUGGCAGUUGUGAUGAGAACAACACUGCUUCCUCUUACUGUUUCGUGUGCCAGAACUUUCUAUGCACUCCUUGUUUUGAAGCUCACCAACGCUUGAAGGCCACAAGAGGUCAUCGUAAUGUUGUGAUAGAGAAAUUGCAAGCUCAAGAUGUGGAAGAUUUGAUCCACAGACCCGUCAUGUGUUCACAGCAAUAUCACGAAAAUCAACCGCUGGAAUUUUAUUGCGAAGAAUGCAAAGUUCCUAUUUGCCAAAAGUGCAGUGUAGUUAGCCAUAAUCGACACACCAUGACAGACACUCAGAAAGCCGCACAAGUACAAAAGAUGCAAAUGAUGGACGCUUUGGAGAAAGUGAAAGCGGAAACCGUUGUUUACGAGAAGAAAGUAAGAAAACAAACCGAGUUAAUGGACAAGAACAAGAAAGAAAUUAUGUCGUGCGAAAAGAAGAUGACAGAUUUAGUGGAAGAUUUGAUUCGCGAUUUGCGGGAACAUGCCCAGAGGGUCAUGAAAACCAAAUUCGCUGAAAUUUAUGAAGCGCAGCAAAAACAUCAAGCAACACAACUAGAAAACUUUGAGUUGGUUUUGACUCAACUGAAAAGUUGCGUUGAACGAGGUGAGAGUAUCGUACAAAUAAACAUCAUUGCUGAGAUUCUGCAAACAAACCAAGCUAUUGUCAAAAACUGUGACGAACUUCUAAAAGCCAGAAAACCUAAACUUUAUAAACCUUUACACGUUAAUUAUAUGGUUGAACAGAAAGUAAAGAUUUUGGAUCGCAUUGUUGUCAGUGACACAGAUCCUUCGCUGUCGUUCGCUGAAGUGGAAAGUCUGAAAGAUGUACGUGUAAAAACGGAAACAAAUUUUUCCAUUGUAACCCGAAAUUCGGAUGGGGAACAGUGUUAUCAUGAAGAGGACGUGAUUAAAGUCAACAUAUUAAAUCCCGCAGGUGAUCAACUGGAAACAGAGAUAAAAGACAGCACAGACGGCAAGUACACAGUAACAUACACACCACAGUGUGUUGGACAACAUAGAGUAGAGAUCCAAGUUAAUGGACAGCCGCUGACUGGUAGUCCCUGGGUUUUGCAGGUGAUUCCACAUCAGUAUCGAUUUGCGUUUAAAUUUGGAUCAAAAGGAAAAGAACAGGGACAGUUUAACUCGCCCGUGGGUGUUGCUCUGAAUAAUAAAAGUAGAAUUAUUGCUGUUGCUGAUUAUAACAAUAACAGAAUUGAGAUGUUUGGCUUUGAAGGGAAUUUUCUCCGAGAGAUUGGACUGAAGGGUGAGCCCUGUUCAUUGGCUUUUACCGAGUCAGGUGACCUCCUUGUCAGUGUUCUAUUUGACAGCAGAAUUUUUCUCUUUACUGAAAAUGGUCAGUUUAUCAGCUACAUCGGUGGUGAACAUGUAAAGGAUCCGUGGUACGUAUCUGUUUCCAGUGAUGGUCGCAUUAUCACAAGUGACUUUGGUGACAAGAGAAUCAAAGUUCUUACAGCUGAUGGGAAAAACUUACUUCCGUCGUUUAAAGCCCCAAAUUGCGAUACAGUGGUGCACUGUGUCGUUUAUCACCAGGACAAAUUCUUUGCCUCUUUUUUAUUUGGUGACCGUGUCAUGGUAUUUAACAACGCAGGGGAGUAUCUACAUGACAUUGGAAGCGAGGGAUCUGGUGACGGGCAGUUCUCGGAACCCAUUGGUCUCGUUAUUGACAAGUUUAACCAUUUGAUCGUUUGCGAUGCGGGAAACAGUAGACUGCAACUUUUCACCCUUGAUGGAAAGUAUAUCGCACAGAUAGCUGGGAGUUUUCUUGAGGGUGGCUACCCUCAUUUUGCUGUCAUCUCUAAUACUGGAAUUAUGUUUGUUUCUGAUAGUGACCGGCACUGUGCUCAUGUUUUCCAUUAA